AUGACCUUCCUCAAAUGUAUCCUCGGACUUGGCAAAUGCACCGCUGAAGGAAGAGAGCUUAAAAGCCACAUAACAGAUGCUCUCGAAAAUGAGUGCGCUAAAUGUACUGAAAAACAGAAGGAUGGUGUUAAAUAUGUUAUGAAACAUAUGAUCAAAUACAAGGUGGACGACUGGAAAAAGUUGACAGACAAGUACGAUCCUGAAAACAAAUACAGGACAAAGUAUGAAAACCAACUGCGUGAGGUCGAGGCUUAA